AUGGCCUCAGGUGGCUCUUCAGUGCCGACAGAGAAACUACAGGACAAGAAAGCGAACGAGCCAGAUCCAGCAGCCGCGUCGAAACCUGUAGAAAAAGCGCCAGCCCUGCUUGAAGAUGACGAUGAGUUUGAGGAUUUUCCUGUAGACGAUUGGGAACAAGAAGACGCCGCAAUGCCUAGCGGAACGACACAUCUCUGGGAGGAGAGCUGGGACGAUGACGACGAGAACGAUGAUUUCAGCAAAGCAUUAAGGGAAGAGCUCAAGAAGACAAGUGAGGGAAACAAGUGA